CCAGCAUGCACUCCGCUAAGCCCGUGGGCAGGUUCAUUUGGCUUUUUUCCAGAAGGGUUGAGUCCGUCGAGUCCACUAUCCAGCACAGCGAGCGUCGGAGGUGGGUGACAGAGGGGAGGGGGGAAAAGGAAAAGAACAAGAAAGAGCAAGAAAAGCUGGAGAGCGACGGAAAAAAAUAAUUAGGAACUCUUUUUGAGGUUGUCAAGAACAAGUGCCCCACUGGUGUCUGCCGUCUCGACUGGACUUAAGGGAUUCCUAACUGUGCAUCUGUGUGUUUGUUUUCCCGGGAAAACUUGCACGGGGCAUUUAAACGGCAGGAUGUUGGGAUAAAAGACAAAGGCUGCCGAGCCGGUGCGGACACGCUUCGUGGUGCAUGGAGGACGCGCUGCGCUGAAACUCGACGACACGCUGCCAGGUCUGCAGAUCCUUCUCUUGACUGCAGCUGGAUGGGAAGAAUGGAGAUGGAGGAACAGUGGUGGACGGGCAGACUUGCCUCUGACAUCCACCAGGCUCUCCGCCUUAAGGAGCUGAAGCUGCCGUCCUUCAAGGCCCAGUCGCCACAAAUUGGUAUGCGCCGGUACUUUGCAGACCUCCUGGCCAUCCUCAGCAACCGCUACCAGUUGUGUCCCACUGCACGCCACCUGGCAGUCUACCUGCUUGACCUCUUCAUGGACCAUUAUGAUGUAGCAGUGAAGCAGUUGUAUGUGAUUGCCCUUUCCUGCCUACUUUUGGCCAGUAAAUUUGAGGAGAAGGAAGACCGUGUACCCAAGCUGGAGCAGCUCAAUAACCUGGGGUUCAUGUGUAGCCUUAACUUGGUUUUGAACCGGCAGGACCUGAUCAAGAUGGAGGUUCUGCUCCUAGAGACGUUCAACUGGAACCUAUGCAUGCCGACUGCAGCCCAUUUCAUUGACUACUACCUCUAUGCUGCCAUCCAAGAGAGUGAUCUGCACAAUGGCUGGCCUCUGCCCUCCCUCACCAAGACCAAAGCUUUCAUGGAGAAAUAUAGCCAUUAUUUUCUGGAAGUUUCUCUUCAAGAUCAUGCCUUCCUCACUUUUCGUCCUUCUCAGGUAGCUGCUGCAUGUGUAGCAGCCUCACGAAUCUGCCUCCAGAUCUCUCCCAGCUGGACAACACAGUUGCAUCUUCUGACAGGUUACACAUGGGACCACCUCACCCCCUGCAUUGAGCUCAUGCUAAUUGCCCACGAUAAUGAUGUCAAAGAAGCCAACAAGAGCAAAAGUCAGCUGCCUCAGAGUAUCCAGCAGUCAACUGUACCUGUCCGACACCACCAGCCUUCUGCAGCUGCCCAGCAGCUGGUCUUCCAGCCAGCCUCCUACGCACACCUGACGCCCACCUCAACUCCAGUCUCCCAGCUGCACACUAUUGCAGAGACUCGGCCGCUGGCACCCGUCACCCCUCAAGACUACUUACAGCCACAGCGUCCAGGUCUUCUGCCUGCUGGUUCGGGGCCCUCCAGCUGCACCUUUCACCCCUACCCAGGCCUACAGAGCAGUCUGCAGCCCACCGUCCGUACCCUGCCCAUCCAGGGCGCCAUCCCCAUGCAGGUGUCCAUAGCCACAGAGCCUCGGCAUUGUCUGCCUGUGGCAUAUGGCAGUACGUACAUUGGUGGGCAGCAUGCGUUUGCCACAGGCUGCUUUGACAGGUGACAAGUUUUGAAACAAAGAACGCUAGACGGGGGGGGGGAGCGGCGGCAGAAUCUGCGGAGGGUUGCUUCGAAUUUAAAAUUUAUAUUAAAAAGCUAUAAAGCCAUAUUUCCUCAUUUUGAGGUUUAACAAAUGAAAAACAAAACAGAAGAAUGAAGAAAAAAAAAAAACAAGUUACUUGCAUGGCAGCCGAUCUGAACUGAGCCUGCUGCCUAUGUGGAGGGACUGGACCACCCGAGCGGCGAGUUCUUCACAUGCUGGCAUCGCUUGGUCCUCUGUUGGCCACUUAGGCUCAUUUACUGGACAGCGCAGGUCAUCAGUUCUGUAAUUUGUGUCACUGCGGCCUCCGGCUGCCAUGUGAGGACCUCACAAGUGGUGUGAGAAGGGAUCUGUCCCAGAAGCCCCUUCCUUGAAGCAUAUCUCGUGCACUGUAUGGAAAAUGCAAAUUCUCUCAACACUGCAUUUAGACCCUUCAGUUUUAUAUGCUGCAAAUAUUUAUGUUUCUAUUAAAAAAAAAAAAAAAUACCUCGAGAAAACGGAGCUUGAACAGAUGACUACGCUCGCCCAUGAGUCCCAUCUGCUAUACUUGUGACUUUUAUUUAUUCUCGAUGAUGGAUCAUGUGAGGAAUCACUGAGAAGGCCCACCUGAGCACCGUCUGCAGCGGCCUGUGUUUCUUUUAUUUUAUUUUGCCGUGCAGUGCAUUUAUGAAAUAUCGGAGAUGUCAGGUAGGGUUUGUCUGACUUUUCCCCCCUUAAAAUUGAAGAUGAUGAUGAUUCCUUCAAGCUGCUGCCUUAUAAGACUGAACCAUCUCCCUUUUCUGUGAUUUUUUUUUUUUGUGUGUGUUUUUCCUGAUAUUGUUUACAAUGACUGAUGCAUCAGGGAUUUAACGAUUACUUGAAGACCUCGUUUUCCACAACUUUUUUUAAUUUAAUGUCCGUUUGUGUCUUCUGAUGGGUCUCUGUGUGCCCAAGUGUCACGAGUGACCCGUGUUGUGCAGGGUGUUUAAAAAGCAGUGCCUCUGGGGUUUGGGGGGGGCAAGGGUUGCCUUUGGGGUGUCACUGCCUGAGUCAUUCAGCCAUGCUACUGCCAUCCUGAGUGUCCUCUGCUACCCCCUUGUGGUAGGAUGACCCAAACCAGUGGGGUCAUGGCAGCCAUUGCUCUAUGCUUGUAUUUAAUUUAGCUUGAGGCUCACAAAGGCAACUUUUUAACCGUCUUUUGUUUUAUUU